CUUCGGGCUGCUGGCUUUUAGCCGUCCUGGGGGUCUGUUUUGGCUUUGGCUAAAGGAUAGAUCACCAGAACAGACUUGAAAGCUCUGAAACAGACCCAAGGAUUUCCGUAUGCAAGAACUUAUUUUGGUGCACCAAAUAACUUAUUUAAACGCCUUAAGUCAACUUGGAGUUUUCGGUAAGCAAGCGAUCUACUACCCCUGAAGCAUCAACCUACAGGAACAGAUCAGUGUCUACGAGCUCUGGGCAGGCAGUGGCCGGGAUGGGCGGAGCCGGCCUCAGCCCUGCCCCGCCCCUCCCCUCAGCCGGAUCCGCCCCAGGUUUCCGUGAAUCCCAGGCGACCGGGAGGUUCCGCGGUGUGUACCUGCCUGGUCUCUACCUUGGAGCGACUUCUACACCUUAGACGGAGAACUCAAGAGAUGGCUGCCCAGUGUGUCACAAAGGUGGAACUGAAUAUUUCCUGUGACAAUCUUUUGGAUAAAGAUGUAGGGUCAAAGUCAGACCCUCUGUGUGUGUUAUUUUUGAAUACGAGUGGUCAACAGUGGUAUGAGGUUGACCGCACAGAAAGGAUUAAGAAUUGCUUGAAUCCCAAAUUUUCCAAGACAUUUAUUAUUGAUUACUACUUUGAAGUGGUUCAGAAAUUGAAAUUUGGGAUUUAUGACAUUGACAACAAAACUAUCGAGCUGAGUGAUGAUGACUUCCUAGGAGAAUGUGAAUGUACCCUUGGACAAAUUGUUUCCAGUAAGAAACUAACUCGACCACUGGUGCUUAAAAAUGGCAGACCUGCAGGGAAAGGAAGCAUUACGAUUUCAGCUGAAGAAAUAAAGGAUAACAGAGUUGUCUUGUUUGAAAUGGAAGCAAGAAAACUUGAUAAUAAGGAUCUAUUUGGAAAGUCAGAUCCAUACCUGGAAUUCCACAAGCAGAUGUCUGAUGGAAACUGGCUAAUGGUUCAUCGAACAGAGGUUAUUAAAAACAACUUGAAUCCUGUUUGGAGGCCUUUUAAAAUCUCUCUUAACUCCCUGUGCUAUGGAGAUAUGGAUAAAACUAUUAAGGUAGAGUGUUAUGAUUAUGACAAUGAUGGGUCCCAUGAUCUCAUUGGAACAUUUCAAACCACCAUGACAAAACUGAAAGAAGCCUCCAGAAAUUCACCUGUUGAAUUUGAGUGCAUAAAUGAAAAAAAGAGGCAAAAGAAGAAAAGCUACAAGAAUUCAGGUGUUAUCAGUGUGAAACAGUGUGAGAUUACAGUGGAAUGUACAUUCCUUGACUAUGUCAUGGGAGGAUGUCAACUGAAUUUUACUGUGGGCGUGGACUUCACUGGCUCCAAUGGUGAUCCAAGGUCUCCCGACUCCCUUCAUUACAUCAGCCCCAAUGGUGUUAAUGAGUAUUUGACUGCAAUCUGGUCUGUGGGACUGGUCAUUCAAGAUUAUGAUACUGAUAAGAUGUUUCCAGCUUUUGGUUUUGGAGCUCAGAUCCCACCUCAGUGGCAGGUUUCUCAUGAAUUUCCAAUAAACUUUAAUCCGUCCAAUCCCUACUGUAAUGGAAUUCAAGGCAUUAUAGAGGCAUAUCGGGCCUGCCUUCCUCAGAUAAAACUCUAUGGACCAACUAAUUUUUCUCCAAUCAUAAAUCAUGUGGCCAGGUUUGCUGCUGCAGCCACACAACAACAGACAGCUUCUCAAUAUUUUGUGCUCUUAAUCAUUACCGAUGGCGUGAUCACAGACCUUGAUGAGACCAGACAAGCUAUCGUUAACGCUGCCAAGCUGCCUAUGUCCAUCAUCAUUGUCGGAGUCGGAGAUGCUGACUUUGGUGCCAUGGAGUUUCUGGAUGGUGAUGGUGGAAGUCUCCGCUCCCCGUCGGGCGAGAUAGCCAUCAGGGAUAUUGUCCAGUUUGUGCCUUUCAGACAGUUCCAGAGCGCUCCAAAAGAAGCGCUUGCUCAAUGUGUCUUGGCGGAGAUCCCCCAGCAGGUGGUAGGCUACUUCAACACAUACAAACUCCUUCCUCCCAAGAACCCGGCUACGAAAUGAAAGGAGCUCUGGUCGCCUGAGCAGAGAGAAGUCUUUUGUGCUGUGUGGAGCAAUGGAUUUCCCUCUGACCCCAAAUCAUGAAUCUGUCAUUUUACACACUUCUCACGAACCCCAGCAUUUAUGAUGCAAACCUAGUUCUCUAUGGAUUAUGUCUAUUUAAAGCAUUCUUUUUUACUUUUUUUGGAGGAAAGUGCUAACUUAAUCUUUGCCCAAUCAAUUCAGUGAUUGCUAGUGAUUUACAGUAAUUGCAGUGAGGCUAUUUGGAUUAGAAACUGGUGUGAGAAACGCGGAUUUUGUUCUUGUGGUUGUUUACUUUCAUAUGACGAAAAUGUUGUUUUUGAAUGUUUGUAAAUAAGAAAGAGUGGAAAAUUGUUGGAAUGAUGCGAAGGUUGCUGUGCUUUGCUCUAGGCAAUAUAUGUUUUAUAAGCCAAUGUCCAUGCCUGACAACAGGGGCUUCUUAAAUUAGAUGAUAUUGAAUUUGUUUCUAGAACUAUACUUAGUGCUAUUCCAUGGGAUAAAACUACCUUUACUUGUGCCUGAAUUUUGCUGCAAUUUAGACAUGCACAGUUCAAAACAGCAUGCAUCCUUAUAGGACUUCAUGAAAAGUACCGAAUGAGAAGGAAAGGCACGUAUUCAGUUCUUAAAAUUGUACAAUCAACAAGUAAAAGGAACCUCAUGUAAGUAAGCCAUUUUUAUUUGCCUUCCUAGAUCUUUCUUUUUCAUUAUUGAAUACCGUAAACAUGGUCAGAUUUGACCUUUUCAUUGAUUGUAUGUGACACUCAGGAUUCUGUAUCUGCAUUGAUGAUAGGUAGCCCUAGAUUCAACAUUAUUAGAUUAUUUUAAUUGGAGUUUGUUAAAAUGGUUAGGAUGGGUUUAUCCAGGAAAACUGUAAGAACCAAACAUAUAAGGGGAAAUUCAGAAUUCUAUUUCCUUUUAAUCAAUGAAAGACUUUACUUAUUAAAAAAGGCAAUGUUUAUACUUUCCUUGUUAAGGUCCCAUAUAUUGAUUUGUACAUUUGUGUAGAUUCAUUUAGAUAUUCUCUCUUUUUUUUUAAGUAACAUUUUUAGUCUGAUUUUUUUAAACUCAUGAUAGUGGUUAUUAAUCAAAAUCAUAUCUUAUGUUUUAAUAAUGAGCUAUUUCCUAAAUCCAGAAUGUAUUGUAUUAAGCAUAAAACCUGUUAUAACUUUAAAAAAAAUCCAGUUGCUGCAUAGGAUACAGUGCGUUUUUAUUUUUUUAGUAGAAUUUUUUUUCUGAUUUUUAUCCUUUAGAACAUAAUACUUAGCAAACAUUACCUUUUCAGAAUAGAUUCAGUAACGUUUUAUUGAGGAGCUGUGUGCCAAGUACUAUGCAUAUCUGUGUAUUGGCCAGUCAUCUUGAACAAUUUAACAUUGAGAAUUACGUGUUUAUUAUGGAUCUGUAAAUGGAUGCACCCUAAGCCUAUCGGUCUUACUGAAAACUUGCACCACAGCUCAGGUCUCUUGUUCCCUGAAAUGUCUGAAGCAAGUGAGCUUUCAGCCACGAACAGCUUUUGGCUUCUCAGAAACUGCUCAUUGCCAAUCCUCUCAUUGAGAGGGGAUCUGCUCGCCACAGUGGUUGCCUAGCCCAGGUGAGCAGUUAACAUUUUCCCACUUAGCUCUCCUCUGGAUAUGUGUUGUUAACCUGAAGGUACCUAACUAGUAGUCUGUUGCUCUAUAGUAUGUCUCAUUAGUUGACAAGUCAUCUUGAUAUCAGUUAGGCGAGAAAAGAACUGAUGAUUCUUCCAAUAGUUCGGAGCCUUUGUUGUCUAAGAUGUCCUAAUUUCAGUUCUUUUUGUGUGCUUGGAAACAGCAUAUAUAUGUUACAGUGGUUUUCAGAAUUUUUUUUUUUAAACACAUGAAGCCUUUAAAAGAAACGAUUACAUAUGUUCUCAAUGUAUGGUAAAACAGAAGUAGAGGUUUUCCGUUUAAAGCUGGGGCAGGGUCCACAGCCCCACUCACUGGGCCUUCUCCCCACUCUCGGGAACCAGAUCCUGGCAGCACCUGAGUCACCUGCACAGGACACCUGGAACCACUGGUCAUGAGCAUUCAUUGUUUUUAUUGGCCAAAUGACAAUACUUCUGUCACCACUGUCACAUUGAUUUGUUCUUCAUAAUUUUAUAUUCUGAUUUUAACCAGAAUUGUUCCCUUUUGAAAAUUAAUUUUGUAUUAUGCAUUCUUGAUUUGGUUCAUCAGUAGAUGCUAUUAUUCAUAGGACCUGUGAUUCCAGCAACUUAGAGUAACUGAUACCUUUUUGCAGUUUUGAAUAAAAGCAUUUAUAAUUUCCAAAUUA